AUGUUUUCUUCAUUAAUUAUUAUUUUUACUUUGUUAAUUAAUGCUGGUGCUAUUAUCAAUGUUAAACUAAAACGAAAAGAUGUUGGUUUUAUGGUUGAAAAUCCAUCGAUUGGAGACAAAAUACGUGAAUUUCUUGCAAGUCUUCAAUAUUUUCGAAUAUUUAUUGGUCUUUGGAAUAUUAUAAUUAUAAUCGCUAUGUUUACAUUAAUUAUCGGAUGUGUGUCGAUGUCACCGCAAGCAUCACGACGGCAAGUGGUGACAACACCAUCAUAUGCGUCAGAUGUCGAAGCAAAAACGAAAUUAAAAUCUCAUCAUCGUCGUUCACAAAAAUUAUGUUCAACAGAACGUCUUCCUGCAUUUUUUGCUUGGGCUCUUUUAUUGAGUACUUCCUUUACUUAUUGGAUUUGUGUAUUACCAGAAAUUAUUAUUCUUCUACCAACAUUUUUACCAUUGCUUAUUGCACAUUGUCUUUUAUUUGUUCUACUUUGUGGUAAUUUUAUACUUGCAACAUAUAUGGAUCCAGGUGUUUAUGAACAAUCUUUAAAAAAGGAAAAUUCAGAUAUAAGUUUUUAUGUACGUCCAACAAAAAGAAAAGGAGGCAUUGAUACAGAUGAUGACGAUGAUGAUGUAUAUGAACCUCAACCUCGACUUAUUCAUAUCAAUGAUGGAUCAGUUCAAAUGAAAUAUUGUCGAACAUGCAAACUAUUUCGACCACCACGCUGUUCACAUUGUUCAAUAUGCGAGCGAUGUAUUGAUACAUUCGAUCAUCAUUGUCCUUGGUUAAAUAAUUGUGUUGGUCGUCGUAAUUAUCGUUAUUUUUUUCAAUUUUUAUUUUUACUCUGUAUUCAUAUGAUAUUACUUUUUACAUUUUGUUUAUAUUACGUUCUACAUGAUCGUCAUCAUAAAAUAAUAACAACUACACUUAUAUCUGAUACAUAUGAUUCAUUAGUUCCAAAAAGUGAACAUGAUAUCAUAUCAUCAACAAAUUUACCCAAAUCAACAUUUAUUGGUCUUUCGGACUAUCGAUUUAUAAUUUGUAUUGUUUUACUAAUAUUACUCGGUCUUUUAUCUAUACCAAUCGGUGGUCUAACCGGUUUUCAUAUGUUUCUUAUUGCAAGAGGUCGAACAACAAACGAACAAGUAACAGGAAAAUAUCAUCAACAAGGCGAUGUAUUUACAAAAGGUUUUCUUCGAAAUUUUGCUUAUCUUCUUUGUCAACCAUUGUAUCCUCAAAUAAAAGCACCUAAAAUUAAACGUUAUAAUAUUGAACUAUUUGAAAAAAUGGCAUAUGGUACUAAUCGUUUAUCAAAUGGAAAGAAAAAUUCAACGAAAAAAUUUUCAACAAAAGUUAUCUAUGAAAAUACAAAAGAUGAUGAAGAAAAACAACCAAAACGGAAGAAGAAAAAAAUUGUUCGAGAUGAAAAUGGUGAAACAAGACAUCAACCUAAUAUUCAUGUUAAUCCAGUAGAUGAAAGAAGUUUAGUUUCUAAACGUAGACCAAAACCUAAUAAUAAACCAAUCAAAAUUCCUGAACAACAACCAACUUCAUCAAGCUCACACAUGUCCUCUUCUUCCUCGUCAUCUCCAGUUCAACCAGUAAAAAAUCAAGUAAAAUCUAAAACAAAUAUGCGUCGUAGUUUCUCCAACAUGUCUUUAUCAUCACGUUAUUCAUAUGAUAAUAUCGAUGAAAAUGAAGAAUAUACAUAUGAUAUUCAUGGUCAUCGUCAACGACCAAUACCUGGUACACCUAUUGAUUAUUUAUCAAAAACUAAACCAACAAAGAGAAUGAAUACAGUAAAUAAUGAUAUUCAAGGUGAUACAGCAUCUACGACGAGUGCUAUGACACUUCGUACUGAAUCUUAUAGACAAGCACAUCCAUUACAAUCGUUUGCUUUCGAUUAUCCUAAACAACCAUUACUACCUCAAUCACUAUCAAGAAAAGAUAGUUCAAAUCUACCUAAUAAACAUUAUGAAAUAUCUGUUUAA